AUGGAAGUAAUUGGUAGUAUAGCCAAUGCGGUCGCAAUCGUUCAAAUUGCUGGGGCUGUGGCAAAGGUGGUUGGAGGCUACAUCAUAGAAGUCCACAAUGCUCGAGACGAUAUUCUUGCUUUACACUAUGCAGUCACCGAUCUUCAAAGUAUAGUUCAAGAUCUUCAGAAAUUUCUUCAAGAUGGCAAGAAUGCUCUUCAAACCUCUUCGCGCCUGGCUGACAGCAUUAAAAAGUGUCUCUGUGAUCUUCAGGAUUUGGAGAAAAAGCUAGGUGCAGGGAAAGGAAAGAGCCUGAUGAGGAAAUUUGGGCUGCGAUCCUUGAAGUGGCCCUUAAAGCGUCUAGAGGUAGAGGGACUCAUUCAGCGACUUGAGGGAUAUAAAACAUCAUUUGUGCUAUCAUUGCAGGUUGAUCAGACAUCCUUGAUCCUUGAUAAUGCUCAAAAUACGGAUCUUAGCAAGCUAGAGGUUGCAGCCGAGGCUGAGUAUGGCUCCUUCUCCGAUCGAGAGGAAGAAGAAUGCCUUCAAGGCACAAGGACUGAGCUUCUCAAGGAUAUCAUGGAAUGGACAAUGCUACCGUGCCGGAAGCAAAAAAUCAUCUUCUUGUUGAGUGGCAUGGCUGGGACAGGAAAGUCCACCGUAUCCCGGACAAUAGCAAAGGCACUCAAAGACAAUAACCGCUUGGGUGCAAGUUUCUUCUUCAAAAGAGGAGAAAAGGACAGGGGAAACGCCAAGAAACUCUUUCCAACGCUCAUCAAGCAACUUGUUCUUCAAAUUCCUGGGUUAGGCCCAGGCGUGCAGAAGGCAAUUCGCAAAGACCCGGAGAUUGGUUCAAAGUCGCUUGGCGAUCAAUUUGACAAACUGAUUCUUCAGCCAUUACUCGAGUUUGACAAGACUUGCCAAUCAUCCCAAUUGGUUGUGGUUGUAGUCGAUGCUUUAGACGAGUGUGACCAUAAUAACGAUAUCCGCACCAUAGUUCGUCUGUUUUCGCUCCUACAAGACGCACAUAAGGUCUGUGUCAAAGUGUUCAUGACAAGCAGACCGGAGCUACCUACUCGCCUUGGAUUCUCAGAUCUUGGAGACCAUAUCUACCAAGAUAUAGCACUCCAUGAGAUAUCCGAAGAGGUGACAGAACACGACAUACGUUUAUUCCUGAUUGACCAAUUCGCGAAAAUUAGAGCCGACAGGAAUGUUGCCAUGGAAUGGCCUGACUACGAAGUCAUACAGAGCAUGGUUUCAAUAUCGAUUCCAUUGUUUAUCUCUGCCGCUACUAUGUGCCGCUACAUUGAAAACUCAAAGCGUGAACCUAUGAGGCGGCUAAAAGAGCUCCUCCAAGACCAAACUCACUAUGUCACUAAAAUGGACAAAACUUAUCUCCCAAUUCUGAGGCAAUUGGUCGAUGACCAAGACGAUGAAGAUAAACAAGAACUGUUACAGGAAUUCUAUGGGAUCAUUGGAACCAUUAUUCUUUUGGAUACUCCAUUCUCAGUGAAUACACUUUCACGUUUCCUUAAUAUUGAGCCUGAUGUCAUUAUCAAUCAUUUAGAUUCCUUUCAGUCUGUGCUCAAUGUACCCAAAGACCCGGAUCUACCUGUCAGAACUCUUCAUCUCUCUUUCCGAGACUUCUUGGUUCAAUCGAAGAGCGAGUUCCGAGUGAAUGAGCCAGAAAAGCAUAGAGAGAUUGCUCUUCGUUGCCUCCAAGUUAUGCGAAAUCAUUUGAAAAGAAACAUGUGCGACUUGGAAGCAGGCACAGAAAGAACAGACAUUGAUUCCCAGUUCCUACAUCAAAUUUUUCCACCGGAGUUGAAUUACGCCUGCCAGCACUGGGUAUACCAUCUUGAACAGAGUGAAAUAAUGACCGCAGAUUCUGUAAUGGAUCUCAUAUUGUCCUUCCUGCAGGACCACUUUCUACACUGGAUGGAAGCAAUGAGUCUACAAGGGCUUGCACCAGAUAUGAUAGAGAUGGUCAAUCUUCUGCAAUUGAUUUUCAAAGACACCGCAUAUUCUACCCUAUCUCACUUUCUGCAAGACGCGAAACGCUUUAUUUUCAAGAACAGCCAGAUAGCUGAUAGAGCGCCUCUCCAGAUUUACUAUUCAGGGCUUAUAUUUGCGCCUCGAAACUCAAUUGUCCGGAAGCAGUUCGAUGCAGAUCUUCCUGAUUGGAAGUACCGUCUACCUGAAAGUGAAGGGUGGGGUGCGGAAUUACAGACACUUGAAGCCCCGCAAAAUCCAGCAACUGGAGUUGGGUCGGUGGAAUUUUCGCCUGAUGGUCGACUAUUGGCAUCUGGAUGGGACUACGCAGUCCGUGUUUGGGAUGCAUCGACGGGAAAGCUCCGACAAACAUUCGAAUGCCCUUCGGAGACCUUUCUGUCAGUGGCAUUCUCACCCGAUGGCCGGCUGCUCGCGUCUGGCUCUAUAGAGCACAAAGUGCGGCUAUGGGAUGUUCUCACAGGCACACUAGAAAAGAUACUUGAGGACCAUGUCGAAGAUCAAUCAGUUGAAAGCUAUUCUUCUGCUGUGGCCUUCUCACCCGAUAACGAGCUAUUGGCGUCUGGCGCGGAUAAUACAGUGAGGGUUUGGAACAUAUCAACUGGGGAACUCUUCCUCCUUGAAGGCCACUCGAAUGAAGUUUCCUCAGUAGCCUUUUCGCCGAAUAGCCGAUUCCUAGCCUCCGGCUCCCGCGAUAAAACAGUACGCCUUUGGGAUCUCUCGACGGGGAUGACAGAAUAUGUGCAAAUCCUUGAUCAUGGAGAAACAGAAGUUACAUCGAUAAGCUUCUCACCCGAUAGCCAGCUACUAGCGUCUUCUUCGGGCGACACUAUAUAUAUCUGGGAUGUAUCGAAAAAUCCAACUGUGCUCCAGAGGGUUCUCAAAGGUCAUAUUCUUGAUGUGGGAUAUGUGGCGUUCUCACCCUGUGGUCAGUUAUUAGCAUCUGCUUCUUCUGAUCUGAAAAUAAGGAUCUGGGACGUAUCGACGGGCACUCUGCGACAGAUGCUCGAGAGCAAGACACAUUCCUCUACAUAUUUGGCCUUCUCACCUAGUGGUCGACUUCUAGCGUCUUGCUGCAGUGAUGCCGCCAUUCGGCUCUGGGACUUAUCGAUAGACACUGUGCCUCUCGAGCGUCACUCGCAUUACCUUGUAGAAUCAGUUUGGUCAAUAGCCAUCUCACCUAGCACUCAAUUGAUAGCGACUGGCUCAUAUGGCCACAAAGUGAGCCUGUGGGAUUUACCGACAAACAAGCUGCAGCAGACACUUGAAGGCCAUUCAGAUGACGUUAUCUCAGUAGCAUUUUCAGCCGAUGGUCAGCUAUUAGCCUCUGGCUCCGUGGAUUACACAGUGCGUGUUUGGGACCUAUCAACAGGUACAGGCUUACUGCGGCAUGUAAUUGAGCCAAAUGUAUAUUGCAUUGAUUCGCUUGCAUUUUCACCUGACGGUCGACUACUGGCGUGUGAUUGUGGGGAUGUCGCAAUACGUCUUUAUAACACCGCAACAGGGAUACUCCAACAGAUCAUUGAACUGGAAGAGGCCUUCGUUUCUGAGUCUGAUGAAGGCAUGGAUCUCGAGUUUUCUCGGGACGGUUCGUGUCUAAUCACCACAUAUGGCGUUCUCGAUAUUCAGUCCGGAACUGAAAAGUCUGUUUCUAAAUCAAGCUGCACGAGUCGGGAAGUCUCUACUGAGCAAACGCAAUGGAUUACGGGCACUGUGGCUCCCCCCGAGCUUCGUUUCUCAACAAUAGCCGCGAAUGGAAAAUUGGUAGCUCUAGGCCAUUCAUCUGGAUUGGUUUCCUUCAUCGAUUUCAAUCCAUAG